CACAAAUUGGUUUCUGAAUGCCUGAACUCAUGUUUCACACGGACUUGUUUUGAAACCGUACCCAAAAGCCCGGGUAGCAUUGGAGCAUGGGAGAAAAGGUUAGUCUUCCACCAGCAGGAUUAUUAUGUGUUAAUCAGAUACCCAAUGUGGAGAAGCCUGCUGCUGGAGAGCACUGCCUGUCUCAGGCAGGUGGCAGGCACCACGUUUCCUUAUCAAAGACAUUUUUCAUCCUUUUAUUUGAGAUCUCCUGUUCAAAGUUUCCACAGGCUUGCUAAUUCUUCAUAUAUACUAAAUGCUCAAGGAGCAGGCUUUUUCUUGACUCACAAUGGACUCCGAACUUAUAAAAAAGACACAAACUCUAAUGUAGAGUUCCCAUUAACUCCCAUCACAGUCACAGAAAUCAAGCAGUAUCUACGCUCCAAAGAUAUUCCCUUCCAUGAUGGCUACAGCUGCCUACACAUCCCAAGUAUCUUCACAGAGUCACCCUCACAGAGUAACAGCUUUUCUAUGUUCAUUGACAAAACAACAGGACAGUUUCUGUGUAAAGACACUCUGGCGGAAGGAAGCUGGGAGGACCUCCAGGACUGUCUGGAGGUGAUGCAGAAAGAAGGAAAGGGCUUCAUCAGCCCUAAUAUUCUGAUGCGGUAUGCAGAGAGUGUGGAGGAGCAGGAGGACAGGAAGAGAGAGUUUAAUGAGGUCCAGGGGAUUUGGUCAAGCUCUGUGUUGUUUGCAGAUCUUCCAGAUGAUGAAGUUCAACUCAUAAAAACUAUGUUCCAGAUAACAAAGAUCUCCAAUGCAACCCUUAAGAGGUUUGGGGUUAAGCUCUUCAAGCCGACCAAGAGUUUGGUUUUCCCCUGGGUUGGUGGACCUGACUCUUCCUUAAAGGGCAUCAAGCUCCUUUCAGCCCAAAGGACAGAUGGAGACAAAGUCACUUAUAAUGAAGCUACAUUCCCAAAGUUUAGCUCUUAUUACUGCUUGUUUGGCCUUACUCUCAUAAGCCGGAUGGAUUCAGAAGUGGUGCUGACCGGUCAUGAGCUGGACUGUCUGGCUGUGAGCCAGGCAACGGGUCUCCCAAGUGUCGCCCUUCCUCGUGGAGUCAGCUGUCUUCCCCCAAUUCUGCUCCCCUACCUGGAGCAGUUCAAGCGAGUGACACUGUGGUUGGGAGGAGACAUUCGGUCAUGGGAGGCAUCAAAGAUCUUUUCACGGAAACUGGCCAUGAAGCGCUGUUCGUUGGUUCGGCCUGGAGAGUAUCAACCACAGCCACUGGAGGCACUGGUUCAGAACAAGAACUUGAGCCGCAUCAUCAAAGGUUCCAUCCCAGCCUCUCACAAGUCCAUCGUGUCCUUUAAGCAGCUCAGAGAGGAUGUGUAUGGCGAGCUGCUUAACACUGAUCAGGUGGCGGGAGUCAAGUGGACAAGAUUUCCAGAACUCAACAGGAUCUUGAAAGGUCAUCGAAAAGGAGAGCUUACAGUAUUCACAGGUCCGACAGGAAGUGGGAAGACCACAUUUAUCAGUGAGCUGGCGUUGGACCUCUGCAUGCAGGGCGUGAACACAUUAUGGGGCAGCUUUGAGAUCAACAACGUUCGUCUGGCAAAGAUCAUGCUGACGCAGUUCGCCAUGGAGAGGCUGGAGGACAAUCUGGAGAAAUAUGACUUCUGGGCGGACAAGUUCGAACAGUUGCCACUUUAUUUUAUGACUUUUCAUGGACAACAGAAUAUCAAGACAGUGCUGGACACUAUGGAACAUGCCGUAUACCUCUACGAUAUAAACCACAUUAUCAUUGAUAACCUGCAGUUCAUGAUGGGACAAGAAAACCUUUCAAUUGAUAAGUUUGCAGUUCAGGACCACAUCAUUGGUGUAUUCCGGAAGUUUGCCACUAACAGCAGCUGUCACGUCACUCUCAUCAUUCAUCCGAGAAAGGAGGAGGAUGACCGUGAACUGCAAACUGCGUCCAUCUUUGGUUCUGCUAAGGCGAGCCAAGAGGCAGACAAUGUCCUGAUUCUGCAGGAGAAGAAGCUGGUCACAUGUCCGGGCCGCAGAUCCUUACAAGUCACCAAGAAUCGCUUUGAUGGAGACGUGGGUAUCUUCCCCUUGGACUUUAUCAAGGCUUCGCUCACCUUUUCAACUCCCAGCAAAGGCAAACACAAGCUCAGGAAAGUUGCAGGCAAGUCAGAGAAUGAGGAGGAAGUCCAGUUAAACACUGCAGCUUCAAGCAAAGGAGAGGCUAAGGGAGGGAAAGCAGAGAAAGGGACAAAAACAACAAAGACUCAACGAACACAGAAGAAUCCUGCCAAUAAAAAUGAAACCAUUCAGAAGUGAUGAAGUUCAAAUUAGGCAAUGGUCAAUUUUCUUUAAAGAUCAAAAAAUGUUUGUUGCAUUUCUACAUUCAAAUACUUACAACUUGCUUCAAUCCUGUGUGUCAUACUUAAGUUAUGGAAAGACAUUUCAUGUAAAUACAUUUAAACUAAGUUGUCUUUAAACGCGUGGGGGGAAAAACAACUGUGAAAUGUAUGAAGUGUCAAUUUUGACUGAAUUUCUUUUAAAUCAAUAAAAUGCAGACUAGAAAAAGUUAAUUUCAAGAGAAAAUGUUAACACAAGAAUGUGACAGAUAGGUUCAACUCCUACUUAGUGUUUAAACCCUUUUAAACAAAAGUAUUUUUGUAGAAAAUUGUCAGUUAUUGAAAUUGUCAUGUUUAUGUCCUGCUACAUAGAUUUAGGAGAUACUGUAACAGGAAGAGCUGCUGUAUUUUUAAUUGUAACAGUAUUGUUGCUUUUCUGUUCUCUUCAUAUAACUGCAAUGUAUUCUAUACUGAUUUUUUUACAUAAUUGAUACAGCAAAUCACUGCUAACAAAAAAUCCUCAAGUGUAGGGUGUAUUUUAUUUUGUGGUCUAUAGGGGGCACUGUGGCCUAAAAAGUGAAAUAAACGUUGACAUGACUGACAUCUGUUGCCAAAAUAAAAUGAUUUGUACACAAAGUG